GAGGAGGUGCUAACAGGGGAGAGAGCACGAUAGACAGGCAGAGACCCGAGAGGCACCUGCAGAGCUCCACAGAGUGGGUGGGCACAGCGCACAGCACGCUUCCCUGCAGCAGAGACGGACCUCACGAUCCCAGGAGCUGCCGCAGAGAUUUUUCCACUUUGGGUGGAAAGCCGUCAGGAGGACAGCGAAGGACGAAGGCUUUGACCAACGUUGCUCAUCGGCUCCGAGAAGGGGCUGCUCCUGGACCGAGAGAACUGGGGGCAGAGGGGACUGAGAAAGAGGAAAAGUUGAAGUCAGGAUCAUUCACAUCCAGUCCACAUGCCUGAUUGACUGUGGGUCUGCCAGGAGAGAGGGGAGUACUGGGGGAAACAGAGCAAAGACGUGAAGGCACCCAGAAAACGAUAUGACACUAUAAGCAUUGCAGCAGCCUGUACGCACCAUGACCAUGGGCACCAUGAUAAUAAGUACAACAGAGGAGGUGGGGUCUGCUGUCACCGACGGCAACCAGAGCUGGUCCUCUCCUUCAUCAUCCUGCAGCAUUGAUGAAUCCUACAAGUAUGUCUUCCUGCCUCUCUGCUACUCCUUCACCUUUGUCUUCAGCAUCUCUCUCAACUCUGUAAUCCUCUACCGCUCCUUCAGACGUACCAAGCGGUGGAACGCCUCCCUUAUCUACAUGGUCAAUCUGGCGACAACAGACUUCAUGUACGGGCUCUCAUUGCCUUUCCUGGUGGCCAGCUACAUCAUGAGGGACCGCUGGGUUUUUGGUGACUUCAUGUGCCGACUUGUUCGCUUCCUCUUCUAUUUCAACCUCUACUGCAGCAUUUUCUUUCUCACCUGCAUCUCGGUACACCGCUACCUGGGCAUCUGCCACCCAAUGAAGACCAUUACCCUGGAGACCAAGCGUGCCGUCAGGGGAACCUGCGUCUUGGUGUGGGCAGUGGUCUUUGCCCUGACCAGCCCCAUCUUUCGAUUUGCUCAGACAGAACAUGUCCAGAGAGGCGGGGGGGCUGGAGACGAUGGAGGAGGAGAAGCCUUCCAAAACUGCUGGGAUGAUGCCAUAGACAAGGAGUUCUUGGACUACGUUCCCUAUGGAAUCGUUCUGCACCUGUUAGGCUUUUUUGUCCCCUUUUCCAUCAUUGCCUGGUGCUACUCGCGCGUGGUCACUACCAUUGUCCGCACCCUGCGCUCCCAGCCCCAGUUACAAGGAGAGGGUGGCAACAGGGUGGUGGAAUUGGGACGGGCACCCCUGGGAGGACUGUCGGUGACAUCGGGCCCCCAGUCGCCUUGUUUCCGCAGGCGCCGCAAAUCAAUCAAGACCAUCAUCACCAUAACUUUGCUCUUCGCCCUCUGCUUCUUCCCCUUUCACGUCACUCGCACCCUCUUCCUGCUGCUCAAGGUCUCGCCCAGGGUGCCCUGCCACUCCAUGCGCAUGGUCUCCAUCUGCUACAAGGUCACCAGGCCCCUAGCCUCCUUCAACGCUUGGCUGAAUGCCCUCCUCUACUUCCUGACCAAGGAGAAGGGUGCCCCUCACUGCCCACAGCCACCACAGCUGCCCUGGCCGCUGCGUCUCCUCCGCAGGGGAGCAGGAGGGACAGGAGGCAAGGACAGCAACAACCAUAAUGAAUCUAAGUCCUCGGGGAACAUAUUUCGGAGUCUGCCCUGAGAGAGGGGACAGCGGUGAGUGGGGUGGGGGGAGGCCGAAAGAGUAAGAAGGGAGAGAACAAGGGAUACAGCGAGACAGAGAAAAGGGAACAGGAGAGGGAAGGGAGGAGAAGCGGAAAGGAAAGAAAAGAUGAGGCAUAAAGACUCUGGGAGAAAGGCAUAUGGACUCGCAGAUUGUACUUGAAUCCUAUGAGGCAGAAUACUAACAGCAGGGGAAUGUGAGACCAGUGACAGAGCACAUCUCAGCAUGUGAGCAGAAGACAUUGAUAACCCUCCCGACACACUGGACCCCGCAGUCAGAUGCUUUGAUACUCAUACACUGGACACUGCAGAACAGGGGCACUGAUACGUUGGACAUACCCUGCAGUGUCACAGACAGACUCCGUUUCCCUUAAUGGUCACUCCCUGACAAAGGCGAACAAGCUCUUUCACCAGGCAGGGGUUCUGGUUGUAAAGGCAUGUCUGUCUGUGCAUCCCAUGGAGUAUCGCAUGUAUCUGUAGCUGCAAUGAUCAUGUUUGGUAGAGACCCGUUUGCCUGUUUUUCAUCAGCCCUGUUCUUCAUCGGCUAAACUGGCUGGGUCAUACCGCUGUUCAUGAGCAGCAUCUGUUGAUGAACAGACAAGAGUAUAUUGGGGUGGUGGUGGUGUGUGUGUGUGUUGGGGCUGGAAAGUGAUUCUAUUUGUUCAAUGCAUUUUUUUGUAUCUCUUUUCCCAAAGACUACACAAGGAAUAAGAGGCUUGUGCUCGGCCUGGGCAAUCUCCUCGUAUUAAGCCUCUUUCCACUCAUGCCCAAUGUGUGUAUAUGUAUUCAGAGUGGUCCCACGGGCUCACCUCUGUGAUACUGUGUUUUUACCAUGAUUAAAUAAAUAACACUUAAUUAUUCCA